GUGGGUGGGUGCGAGCACGGGGGUUCCGUGCGCGCCGCCGCCAUGCGGGAGCGGAGGCCGGCACCGGCCGCACCGGCCCGGUGCAAGCUGGUGCUGGUGGGUGACGUGCAGUGCGGCAAGACGGCCAUGCUGCAGGUGCUGGCCAAGGAUUGCUACCCCGAGACGUACGUGCCCACCGUGUUUGAGAACUACACGGCGUGUCUGGCCAGCGAGGAGCAGCGGGUGGAACUGAGCCUCUGGGACACCUCCGGCUCUCCCUACUAUGACAACGUGCGGCCCCUGUGCUACAGCGACUCGGACGCCGUCCUGCUCUGCUUCGACGUCAGCCGCCCCGAGACCCUCGACAGCGCGGCCAAGAAGUGGAAGACAGAAAUCCUGGAUUAUUGCCCCAACACGCGGGUGCUGCUCAUCGGCUGCAAGACGGACCUGAGGACAGACCUGAGCACGCUGCUGGAGCUCUCGCACCAGAAACAGGCGCCCAUCUCCUACGAGCAGGGCUGCGCGGCCGCCCGGCAGCUGGGAGCCGAGGCUUACCUGGAGUGCUCGGCGUUCACGUCGGAGAAGAGCGUGCACAGCAUCUUCCGGAGCGUGUCCGGGCUGUGCCUGAGCAGGGCCCCCCCGGCGCCGCCCCGCAGCCCCCCCCGCGGCCUCUCCAAGCGGCUCCUGCACCUCCCCAGCCGCUCCGAGCUCAUCUCCUCCACCUUCAAGAAGGAAAAGGCAAAAAGCUGCUCCGUCAUGUGAGGGGGGGACAAGGGAAUGGACCCCCCCCGACCCGCCCCCGACUCGCACCCACCUGUGGGAACCCCCCCGGAAUGGGGUGAGGGGCUGGGCAGGGGUUUGGGGUCCCCCCCCCAGUAAAGGGGGGAUGCCCUUGCCUGGCACCGCUGCCCUGCCAGCCCCACAGCCUGGGGGGCUGCCCCCCGUGGGAGGGGGGUCUGGGGGUGGAUUCACCCGGUUUUCAACCCUGAGGGGGUCCCUGGGGGGUUUGGGGUGCUCAGACCCUCAGAGAGAUCAACCCAGAGGGGUCCCUGGGGGGUUUGGGGUCACAAAACCCUGGGGACAUGAACCCUAGGGGGGUCCUUGGGGGGUUUGGGGUGCUCAGACCCUCAGA